AUGGGAGGGGCCCCGAGUAGGGAGACGCUGGUGCGGCACAUUGUGCGUGACUCACGCGUCCAGGGAAGCGCAACACCAAUCGCAGGACACUUUGCGUCUGGCGGCGCCACCAAUGCUGACGAUCUACCGAUCGACGUGUCGACAGCGACGCCGCAGCAGCCAGAGAUCGUUCUGAUCCCCCUCAUCCCCGAUUACUUCCCCAGCCCCGCCUCUCCACUCUUCCAGCAGCUGUUGCAAGUGCGGCGAGAGCCGAACGUUGCCUACUACUACCGUGAUGCCCGAAGCCUGGUGACGGAGCACACGGUAGUGCGAGACCAGAUCGGGUCCGAGAAGGAUAUUUACAGCUGGUACAUGAGCCUCAGCGAACAGCGGUUGCUGGAGACGGACAACGAAUUGAUCGCUCUGAGCCGUGCAAGGCGAGUGGUGUCGCCGGUACCAUGCGCUGUUGCUUUCGUGUAUGAGGCACGCGCCACUGUCGCCGUCGCCACUGCCGCGGGUGGUGCUGUGACGUCAACGACCGGCAUGUCAUCUCCUGCGAGCAGCGUUAGCGGCGGUAAGAAGAGGAGCGGCAGAAGCAGCAAGGCGCAUCGACAUGGCAAGACUGGCAGUGCCAGCGCGUCGAAUGGGUACAUGACGAUCGAGAACACGGCGCGGUUGCCACACCACAACCUGCGCGUGCGCAUCUUUGGCUUUGUCGGCGACACGCGUUUUUGCCCGCCCUCGCUGCACCCUAACCAGGCCGCCAGGCUGCCCCUGUGCCUCACGAUAUUUCUGUCGAAGAGCGCGGGCGGUAACCACCGCACGCAGGUGACUCUUCUGGCGGCACACACGUACAUUACUCAGAUGCAAGACAUCGGUAUCUUGCGCCCCUACGACGAAGCGUCGCAUGUGGGCGGCGUUGUCGUGCAAAGCGUGACGACGCAGGCAGGUCUUAAAGCGAACGUGGCGGGCAGGGAGGCCGACCCUCUCGCCGCGCUGCGCCUCGCUGGAGCUGGUGGUGCUGCUGACGCCUCCCAUGACCCGUACGUCGACCCAUACGGUACCGAUCUUGCAGCCAUGGCAGAUCCGUACGCGGUCGCCAGCGAUGAUGGCGAUCACGGCAUUGAGCCGAAGCGGCAGUUGUCACCCCAUAUGACCAGUUCAGUCCCACAGGGUGGGUCAAUGACACAUCUUGAGGGUCUGGGAGCCACGAGCAUCUCGUCCGCUGCGGACGUCGCCAAAGAGACUGUGCUGCGCCGUCCUAUCGAAAUCGUCAUGCACCGUGCCGAUGUUCCGGCUCUGUGCUACCUGCGUGAGCUGCGCGCACGCAUGGACCAGAACUCCACGUACACAACCGGCGCCGUCUGUAACAAGGAGAGCCAAGUGCCUAUGCCAUCGUCUUGUGCGAAUCCAGUCUCAACGGCGGCGAUGAUGGCACCGUGGUCGUCUCUCGGCGCGAGCAACAAGGUAAGCUGCAACAGCAACGCGAGCUCGCAGAAGUCCUGUGCCCCGAACAAAUCACGGCUGUCGAGUGCGAUGGAUGCUCACGCCGAUAUCAGCACCAUUGUGACGGAGCCCAGAUGUGAUCCUCCGGACGUCCGUGCUGAGUCGCUCAAGUUUCAAAUCCAGACGGUGAUUUGCGCAGACGAGCUGCGUGGCUCCGUGGGGGCGGAUUCGAUAGGCCGUGUCUUACUGUGGGCAUCUCGCUUCUACACGGGACACUUUGAGCAGCUUGUAGGUGGCGAAGCUGCGAGGCUGCGGCAGGAGCUCGCUCAGCGGAAUCUGACCGAGAGCCCGCUUGAUGGCGCACUCUUGCUGACCGACGAAGAGCCGCGGCCCCCCAAAGUGACCCCGAAGGUCGGUGAUGUCUGGAUCCCGUCUAACGAGGCCUACGUUGAGGUACACAACACUGACCGCGAGGUAGACGGAUGGGAAAAGGUGGCGACGGGAACAGUGCUGCGGUACGUCACGUCUGCGCCCACAGCUUCCUCGACUACAGCCCCAGUCGCUUUCUGGCGCGUCUCGGCCAACGAGUUUGCUGAGGACAUCCUCUUAUCGCUCUGCCGGCAGGCGUGUCAGGCAUCGCGUCGGGCGCCACCGACUGAUUCGCAUUGGUUUCUGAACCGCAAGACCGGCAUGCCGGAGGGGCUCGGGAUGGGCCUCCUAAUCUGGCGCGAUCUGUGUGCGGGGCAGGUAGUCUUUUACGGCACCACACCUGAGUUUCUCAAGAAGUGGAUUCAGUCCGGAACGGAGGUGAAGCAGGCAUACCGCGACCUUGUCAAGCGAUCGCAGUCGAGCGAGGAGGCAGCGUCCGCGGCGGAGGCGGAGCCCAUCGACGCGACGGCCGCGAGGGAGGGCGACACCGUAGCGGUAGUUCAGUCGUCGUCGAUGGCGGUUGCCGCCACCACUGCCACCCCCAGUGGGUUACACUGCUAUUGCGGGGGCAGCCGCCAACUGAACCCGUCUGGCGCGUUCAGUUGGCUCGGCAAGAGUGCCAGCAGUGGCGGCGGACGCGGCACAGGGCCCGACCCGUCAUCUGUUGCGCUAUAUAAACCGCUCAUUGGCUUCGUGUCGACUUCAGGGCCGGCGGCAGCCAUCUCAUCACCGGCCUCAUUCAAGGAGAGUAGCAAUCACGUAGACGAUGGUGCCCAGCCAAAGCGCGUCCGCACCGAUGACCAGCCGCGCGCAUCCUCGUCCUCCACGCCGCCUGUCGCAGUCGGCAACCUCGCGCAACCACGCGACAUUUCUGGAACUCCUCGCCAGGAUUUUCAACUGGGAAGGCUUCUGCCUGCUCACCAGCGCCCGCAGCUCUCUAUUCCAGGUGUAUCUAGCACCUCGAUGGGUGUGUGGACGCAUUCAUCGAGCGCUUUAGGAACUCCGAGCUCGUACAUGGCGAUGAGCCUCGCAGCGGCAAGCAUGGACAGUCGCAGCAACUCUGCCAGCCUCACUUACCGCCAGCCGUCGCAGCACGUGUCUCCGCUCGCUGCCGCUGCCACGCGCUGGAUUGGUGUCCUCGAGGCGACCCCGGCAGACGACGCCGAUGCAUCCACUGUGAACGUGGUCGUCAGGCGGAACCGCAGCGUUCGUGUGGCGCCAAACUAUUCUGCUACCGUCGGCUCCACACCUCUCCACACCAGUCAAAUGCCCAAUAGCCCAUACCAUUACCACACACCGCGCUGUGUACCAAGCAUACUGCCUGUCAGCACACAGCCGACCGUCGUCGGUGCGACUGCUGAGGCGUCUGCCGAGUACAAGGCGCAGACAACGGACUCUGCGAUGUCGUUACCAAGCAUGUCAAUGACGGCGCGCAUCCCAGGCAGGUACGACUCCUGCAGCAAGGAUGUCUCUCUCCGGCAGGGCGGGCACUCGCCGACGUCUGUUGGGCAGGGCCGAUUUCCGCGUGCCGAGGGGGAGCUGCUCUUUCACUCUUCUAUGUCGUACGGCGCAGCAGGACUCAGCGAUGCGCGACGACCGCCACCGCCGCGCUCCGCCGCCGUGACUGUUUGGCCCAGUCACGGUACCGGCGGCUCGGCCGACACUCUGCUGCAGGCGGCGUCGUCAGCCAAAUGGAACACAGCCAGCGCGGGACCGCCAUCCUCUAUGCGGGGCUCCUCCAUUACCUUUGCGAGCGGCUCGACGUCGUCUGCGCACGCCCGUCACGUCUCCCUGCUGCAGUCCACUCGGUAUGCCGAGUCGUGUCAGUCGGUGGCAAGUUGUUCCUCGUCGUUGUCGACGUCGGAGCUGCUAGGCCCGCGUGUCUGUUUGAACGGCUUGCAGUUGCAUCAGAGGGAGUCGCUGCGUCCACUUCCACUGCUGGGUACGGCUGAGGGUGAUGAUGGCAGCACUCCCGCAUUACAGCACACCCCUGUGCUACAGUCUAGUGCUGACCUAGUGCGUCAAGGCGGCGAGAUGGCCACAGUGCCGUGCUCAUGCUACAACAGUGUUGCGCACACGCCUCACCAAAGCGAUCUGAUGAGCAGCGCGAAGAGCUCCGUUGGCUCCGGCAAGUACCGCUGGGACUGGCGUGGCGUCUUUUGGGCGGUAUAG